GAGAAACUAUAUAACCAUUCGAUUAUACAGUUAACGUUCAUCAUUUGCAGUGAGAAUACUUAUUUUAAAUCUUGGCAUCUUGAACACUACAAAUCUUAAUAAUGGCACGUUGGGUAUUACUUUUCCUUGUUGUUGCUUUCGUCCUCAUUUCUGUCAUUGAGAGUGCGCCAGCACAAGAAGAGACAAGUCCAGCGAACAAAAUUGAAGAUUCAGUCAAGCAAGCUAUAGAAAAAAUUAGUCAAAGUUUUAAAGAUUUAAUGGAAGAUCCAAAAAUCAGUGAGUUUUACAAAGAGGGUCAAAAAGCGUUUGAAAAUGCUGCAGAAAAACUUAAAACCGAAGCAGCCAAACUUAUUCCAAAAACAGAUGAAUCUACCGAAUGAAGUCAUCACUAAUUCAAAAACUGUUAAUAUAAAUACUUAUAAUUAUAAAUAAUAGUUGAAAAAAAAAAUUUCUUAAAUUUUGUUAAAUGUGGUUAAUGGUAGUAAUUUAAUAAAUUUUAUUGACCCAA